ACAUUUCUAAACAUGAGCAUCAUUUUCAAUGCAAUUACCCAUGCAUUAAUUUCAUAACGCUUCACUCAUUUCCCCUCUCCCUUGCCUUCCCUCUCUCUCUUUUCAGAUUAAAGAAAAUCCAGAUGGGGUGCAGGUGCUGCAAAAUGAUACAAAGCUAUAUUUUUGAUCCAGAAGAAGUACAGUCACCUGGAUGCAUUCAUGAAGUCAACAGCUACAAACGGGAUGAGCAAAGCAGUAACAAAUUCAAAUUCAAGCAGAACAGUGAAAUUCAAGAUCACAAAAAUGAACUCCAGAAGGAUGAGCUAAAUGGAACAGAACACAAGAAUCAGGUAAAUAGCACACAAGGAACUCUCCGGAACCACAGAGGCAAUGCUUUUCAAGAGGAUGGCCUCGGGAGGUGCAUUGCAAAGCUUGAUGUUGCAGUCAAUGGUGGCAGCUCUUGCGCUGGAGCGCCCCCCAGUUCCGGCCCCAACACAAACCCAGUGAAAGAAGCCAGUGAGCAGGAAACCUCCAGCCAGUCAGCAGAGCCUCCUUCAGCCAGCACUAGAGACUUUUAUACUCAAUCGAAUGAGUGUGGCCAGGAGCUUGACCUAGGAGUAGGCAGCCACAAGAAGGCAGCCCACAAUGAGCCAAACAGUAUUCAGGAUGGGAAGGCCCAGGCUGCAGAAGAUAGUGUCUUUCUCAGAGGAACUGCGAUGCUGGAGACACAAAACACCACCAUACAGCUGCUAGAUAUAGAUUAUCACCAAAACGUCAACAGACUCAGGAACUAUGUUGAAAAAGAUAGCUUUCCGGUCAACUGUGCAUGUUCAGACCAAGUCACCAGGCCCUCAGCCACACAGGUCCAGGGCCUCUGUGUAACGCCACCUUCACAUACGAAGGAAAGCAGUAUUGAACCUUCUAAAACUGACUCUGCAGGUUUGAGCGAGGAUGUUCUUGAUGGUAUCACUGCCACAGCUGUGACCACAGCACUACAGGCACCCCCACACCCCAGCCACAAAGGCAUCAACAGAGAAAUCGAGGAGGAAGACGCAGAAGUAGCAGCAGCUCUGGCUGCACUGGAAGCUGCGACUGCAGGCGAAGACCUGGAGGAUGAUGAUGAAUACUAGAUGAAGGUUUCUUUCUAAUACACUGGCUGAGAUCCAGAUUUUAUUUCUGGAUCUACAUGAAUGC